AUGUCGGGCUCUGAGAAGACUGCCCCCGGCCAUGUGGGCAACCUGACGGCAGCUCAAGAGGAGAACGUCCGACAGCUCUGGAAGAUCUUGAUAGAAUCGUGGGAUAAAAGCACUGGCUCAACCGAAAGAGCUUCCGUGGCACCGAGCGGGACUACUAACGGAAGGUUUUCUCUUAUGAGAACACCAACCCAAGUUAAAGAGGGCGCAUCUGUUUCCCUGCCGCCGAAACUUGCAGCGAGUCUCCACGAUCUGAAGACAGGUCCAAACGAAAUCAGUGCUAUCCAGUCCCUCCUGCCCAAGUUUCCUGGUGAACAGUUCCUUGCCGCUUAUCUGGGCUUUCUCAAGCAGGACCAUCCCGAUGCAGUCCUGUUGCGCUAUCUCCGCGCAGAGAAGUGGGAUGUCUCCAAGGCAUGGAUUAAGCUUGUCUCUGCUCUCAAUUGGCGAGCCAAUGAGUAUAAAGUGGACGAAGAAGUCAUGCCUAAAGGAGAGCCCCAUGCAGUCGAGGUAUUGAAGACCUCAAAAGAUGCGUCACAACGAAAAGACGCCGAGGGCUUUAUGAGACUUGUGCGCACUGGCGAGGGCCACGUGCAUGGUACAGACAAGGAGGGACGUCCCAUACUGGUUAUUCGGGCUAAGCUACACGAUCCAAGUGGCCAGACACCGAAGGGUAUGAAUGACUUUGUUAUUCACCUUCUGGAAACUAUCCGUGUGACUCUCGUUCACCCGGUGGAAACAAUCACGAUCCUUUUUGACAUGGGUGGAUUCGGUUAUGCAAACUGGGACUUGGCACCUAUCAAGUUCAUCGUCGAUACCUUUCAGUCCAAUUACCCCGAAUGCCUAGGCGCGAUCAUCUAUUACAAUGCUCCUUGGGGCCUUCUCGAUCCUGUAGUUGCAUCAAAGGUCCGUUUCCAGACUGGCGUGGAUGGACUCGAGGAACUCAUUCCUCGGUCCCACAUAAUCAAGGAACUUGGAGGUGAAGAGGACUGGGAAUUUGAAUACCUCGAACCUCAACAGAAUGAGAAUGCCAAGCUCCAAGAUACAGCUACCAGAGAUAACAUUCUUGCUGAGAGGAAAAAGCUUGGACAAGAUCUCUUCGCUGCUACUUUGGAAUGGACACAGAAUCCCCAGGAUGAUACUAGUUGGCCAAAAAGCUCCAAGAGAGACUACUGGCGAUUGGACCCUUACAUCCGCUCUCGCACUAUCUUGGACAGAACAGGUGUCAUUCAAGGUGGUGGCAAGGUUGAUUUCUAUCCACCUGUGAAAGGCCAGGCAGAGGCACAAUCUGAACAGUAUCAACCUGCUGAGGUUCACAAGGGAUGUGCUAAUGAGAAGAGCACACAAUUGGAGAGCCCACAGCCGAAGGAAACCGGGAAGGAACAAUUAAAGGAAUAG